UGGAACAUGGGAAUGUGAUUGCUCAUCUCGAGGAAAGUGCAUGCAUUAAAAACUGUACUGAACACAAGACAACUUUGGUAUUCUCAUCGCUCCACCGCUGCCAGGUCCCAACAGACAGCAUCCGGGAGAUGAAAUGGCAUGAUUCUUCCUGUCUACUAAUCAAAUGCCACUGCUUCCAGACAGCUCUAUAAAUAGGCCUCGGCAGAAUGGUAGAUGCAGCAAACUAAAAGUUCCCGCCUUCUCUCUCUCCAACCACAAUACAAGCAAAAUCAUCAAGAUCGGAUAUGGCUUGCCACCUACGAUCGACAAGUUUGCCGUCUAGGCCUCUCACUAGCGAGGCUGAAAUUGAGCAAGAGCUACACAGCCUAGAGGCAGGCAUCUCUUCCUCAGCUACCAUCAGCACAAUGUGUGCAACUCUGAGGAUGCUUGGAAACAUCUACAAUGGCAUUGAAGAGAUUAUCUGCCUACCAAACAACCAAGUUAGCUCCUCCCAGCAAAGGAAGAUGUUGGAUGGAGAGAUGGAAUGCUCUCUUGAGCUUCUGGAUCUCUGCAGCACCAUGCAAGAGAUCUUCGUCGAGUUGAAGGCCAUCAUCCAAGAUCUGCAAGUGGCUCUAAGAAAAGGAGAUGAUGCAGCCGUUCAAGCCAAGAUCCAGUCUUAUACCCGCUUGGCAAAGAAGGCUAAGAAAUAUUUCAAGAAGACAUGCAACAAGGCUUCUUCCGGCAAGGCAGAGCGUGGAAUGGUCAGGGUGUUGAUCAAGGCGAGGGAGCUCACGGUCUCUCUACUUGAGUCCACACUCCACCUCUUGUCGAAGCAAAUCGAAAUGCCUAAACAAUCUCUUGUUUCCAAGGCAUUUCACAAGAAAAAGGCGGCUAUUUUUGAGGAGGAGCAAUUACAGGAGUUAGAGUGCAGUAUGGGAGAUCUUGAGAGUGAAGCAGGACAUCUGUUCAGGAAAUUGGUCCAGAACAGAGUUUCUCUCCUGAACAUUCUUAGCUCAUAGAUACUCCCAAGUCACUCUUGACGCCAUGCGAUUAGCAUCCGCCUUUUUGAGGAGUAGCUGACCUUGGUACAGUUUUCCCAACAUGUAUACAUUAGAAAUGUACAGCAAAUUAUAGAAGGAGAAACCAAAGUUUUGAUCCAUUUGACCAUCUCAUGCUUGAAGAUGUGUUUUGUGAUGCAAGCAUACUUAAUUUUGAUAAUUAUAGUUUGUGGAUCUUGCUGUGUUUACAUUGAACAUGCCAGGUCGAUGCCACCAGGGCUAAUCUUGUGUUUAGCGGAAUAAAUCUAUUUAAUUACCCAGAUUCCCCAACACCACCACCAGCACCACCCCCUCACAUGGGUGUGCAGUCUGGCACUAGAAUUGAAUACCCUUGUCUCAGAAUGGAUACGGAACUUACUAAAUUUCUAGAGCAUCAUUCAAGCAUGUCACAGCGUACAUUGAGGCACAAAAAUGGCACAACCAUGUACCCUAGCACCUCGAUUAUUUUGCCCGUUCUUAACGAUUCACGUUAAUCUGAGCAAGAUUCGGUCGCACAAACUUUAGCAGGCGUUAAAUUUCGCUUGUUUUCAUAUUAUUCUAGAUACACACUAACGCCAAUGGAUGUUGUAUUUGGCAAACAAGAAAAAGAGUUGUCUCCCUUACCACUCACAUAAGCGGAUAUGUGUGUGGUAAAGAGAACGCAAUUGCACAACUUAUUAGUUGAAAGUCG